AUGAGUGACAAAGUCGCCCUCCAGAACCAAGUCUACCGGCUUCCUUUUCACAAGCUGAUGAUAGCCUUUUCGGCGUUGUCAGUUGGCUUGCUGGCUUCGUUUUUAGACCAAACAUCGAUUUCCGUUAUCCUACCUGAAAUCGCCGAUGCCCUAAAUGCUCAAGCAACGGUUUCCUGGGCGGGCACCUCGCUCAUGAUCGGGCAAACCUCAUUCCAAAUCUUGUCAGGACGACUGUCAGACAUCUUCAGCCGCAAAGUCCUGCUGGUGUUCUGUCUGUGUCUUCUCAGCCUGAGUCAGUUGGCGACCUGUUUUUGCCGCACAGCCACGCAAUUGUAUGUUUUUCGGGGAUUUGCCGGAGUAGCCAACGGAGGCAUCACUUCCUUGAGCAUGAUUUUGGUGAGCGAUCUGGUGACCUUGCAGCAGCGUGGCAAGUACCAGGGGAUCCUGGGAUCUUGUGUGGGGCUCGGAAAUGCUCUAGGUCCGUUUGUCGCUAGUGGUUUCGCACACAGUGUCAGCUGGCACGGAAAUUUCUACUUUCUGUGUCCGCUCACCGCAGUUAUAGCCGUGGUUAGUGCCGUGUUUGUGCCGUCGCCCCCAGAAUUCAAGAUCAAAUGGGCGAAUUUCAAGAACAUCGACUACUACGGCUUUUUCACAAGCUCCAUUGGCAUCAUUUUGUUUUUAGUUGCUAUUUCUGGCGGCGGAAACACAUACGAGUGGGACUCUCCGCUGGUGAUCAGUCUGCUCACCAUUGGCGGAGUGUUCUUCCUGAUAUUUCUGUUCACACAGUGGAAGAUCUCCCGUUUGCCAAUGAUGCCUCUCAGAGUGUACAAAACGCCAAGCGUUGCAAUUAUGAUGACGCAAAACUUCCUAUUCGGCAUGGUGUUCUUCGCUAACAUGUACUUCAUGCCGCUGUACUUCCAGCUGGUGCGAAGAUGGAGCCCCUACCAGUCCGCGUGUCUGUUGCUUCCGAUGGUGGUUGUUCAGGCGCUCAGCAGUACGGUCUCUGGAAUCUUGAUUUCCCGUUUCCAGCAUUAUAACUUUAUUAUUAUUCCAGGCUUUGGACUCUGGCUGCUGGGCCUGUGUUUGGAGUUUGGGCUUUUCACCAAAUCCGUCCCAAUGGUGGGGAUCUGUUUCAUUGUGUUAGUCCAGGGACUCGGAGUCGGCUUUGUGUUCCAGCCCACCAUCAUUGCGCUACAGGCACAUACGCGCUUGCCCGACAGAGCAGUGGUGAUUGCAACCAGAAAUUUCAACCGUUCCGUCGGGGCAGCCGUUGGAAUGGCUUCUUGCUCGGCAAUAAUGUCCAACCAGUUCCGCAACAAGCUCCGCUCCUCGAAUAUCGGAUUGACCAGCCAAGAGAUCAAAGAGUUGAGCAAACACAUUUUCGCCAUAGAUUUGACGGCGUACAGUCCUGAGAUCCAAUCCAAGUUGCGCGACAUUACUUACCACGGACUGCACACAGUGUUUGUUUUCUUUAUCCCGCUGAUAGGAACCUGUUUUCUAUUAGGGUUUUUGAUUAGAGAUCGCGGACUGCAGGGCGUGGCCGAAAAGAAAGAGCCGCAAAAACCGACCGACGUUGAACAGAGCCAUGAUCAAGGGAGCGAGGAUAAUACGGAACGCAAAUGAUCUUCCGCAGCCAUCGUUGCAUUUUGGACUCCCUGCGCUAGGAGCCACGCCUAAUACUGAGGAGUCGGCCAUAUUGACUUCAUCUACGUCAACUCAUUAAUAUUGCAUAGACCGCUUUCGAUUUCAAGCUUGCUAUCUGAAGUGUUGUCACGUAUCGUAAUCUGACAUGAACAGAUCGAUUCCCAAACGAGGCAUCUAUGGCACAGGGCAGCCGUCCAUCUAGUCUUUUUCAAUUUUCAAGUGUAUAGUAGAAUAAAAUCAGUGCAUUUCGGUGACUGGCCCAAGCCCAAGUUUCAGGCUAUUGAAAUACUGAAGUCAGUAAUCAGUUUCUUCGGUUUUGAUGUCCUCUAAACAGCCAGGCCACUUCACCAGGCCACUUCAGCGAUGUCUCUGAAAGGAAUAGCUGCCUCGGAAAACGCUACAUGAU